CAACAAGCAGCAUUCUUAUUUUCAGAUUCUAGUACUGAGUAGAUCUUCAUAUAUUAAACUCAUUUUGUUAAACAAGGCCUUAAAUAAAGAAGAACAAGAGGAAACAACAGGCUGAAGAUAAUUCUCAGGUUAAAAAAUGGAAACGAAGAAGUUCACGUUUAAAUUUUUUAAGAAAAAAAAAAAACAGGCCAAGGAUAAAGCUUCUGAUGAACCUCUGUUAAAGAAAAUCACAGUAUUAAAAACAACAGAUGUUAUCUGCUCUUUAACAGAGAAACAGGUAUUUAACAGUGAAACGCCCGGUCAGUCUGGUGAGAAUUCUGAUCAAGUCAACCAAGAGUUUCAAGUGAGUGGAGAAGAAGUGCUGAGUCUUCUCCAAAACAGUUUGAGUCCAACAUCAAAUCCCCAGGACCGUGAAAAGGCAGCUAUAAUGAUAGAAAAAUGGGGUCAACUGAAUGGCGUUACAAUAGACAAGAAAGAAGGCACCUACUCUCAAGACUGGCUGUGUCGGUUUAAGCAGUUAAUAGAUGAAUCUGUAGAGAGACACUUUCCCAUCCUGCCUGAAGAUGAAAAACAGACAUCUGAGCAGUUAUUGGAAUUUGAGAAUAUAAUAUGUAGUGAAGUGCGUCUAUUAAUACCAGUCUUGAAAGAUGCUGGACUGCUGAGAUACCUGACCGACAGUUACAGUCGUCAACUGUUUAUCAAGCUAGACCUAAUCGUAAACAGAGAUCUUUCUGAGAAUGAUACCUUCUGCCUUUUGGAUUGGGGAAAACGUGUUUUCUUCAGUCCAGACUAUAAGGAUGCUUUCAGUGUGCAUGACCCUCUGCUCUUCUCAGGAUGGUUUGAGAGAGCAAAGCAGAAACUGCUGACUGUACUGAAGGAUGACAUUUCUAAGUAUUUAGAAAACAUUCUGUGCAAUGAGGAGAAUCAUGAAGAAAAUGAGAUGUCAAUGAAUGAAGAAUGGUUCAUCAGAUUGCACCUUGAUGUCACUCAGUGUCUGGGUGCUGCUAUUAAAAAAUCUGAAAGAUAUUGUCCGACUUUGAAGAAUUCUGUUCAAAUUCUGUGUCUUGAGGAGCUUCGUAGUUUUUCUCAGAAGUAUGCAGAUGGAGAGAAACAACGCCUUAAGUCAUUUGAGAAAAACUUUGUUUAUCUGUGUAGGAUAAUCAGCACCUGUAUGAAACUCAAUUGUUGUGCUGUCCAAAUCUGUAAUGUGGACAACAAUGAAGCUCCUGCCGUCUUAAAGAUGCUGGAAGAUCAAGUUUUGUCUAUUGUGCAAAAGAUGAUCUAUGACUUAGCUCAGGUGAGUUUUAAAAGUUCUUUCAAAAAUGGAAAUGAGCAAAUUUAUAAACCGAUGGAGGAAAUCCAAAAACAAUGUGCAUCUCUUUCUCGGAUUGCAGCAGCAGAAGAAAUAAAAACAAUCAUUGUGAAUUUGGCAUAUGACUCUGUUUCCCGUGUAUAUUUGGAUUGUCUCAUGAAGAGCAAUUUUAAAUGGCUGGAGAGGAGAUGGGGAAAAGUGGAAGAAAAAAUAAGACAGCACAUUAUACAUUUUGAAGACAAGUUCGCUAAAAUGAAUUGCAGUGUUGAACAGAACCAGCUUCUUGGGAGAAUGAGUGAAGUUUUGUUCUACAGUGAUGUAGACACACUUAAGCUUACCUGUGCUUCUUUGUUUCAAGAUUUUCCAGACGAGAGUGAGCACUAUCUGCCCGGGCUGCUGCGCUGGAGGAGGACGUUAUCAAGGUUUCAAGUGAGGGAGAUUUUGGACGUGGCUCGGCUGGGAUGUCAAAAUCCUGACAACCAUCCCCAUUUCCAAAUGUGUCUUUGUUGUCGCAGUUUAACGUCCUUCUUUGUUUGGUGAAAAAGGACCUGGUGUAAUGUCCCCGUAAUCAUUGGUGUCUUUUACAGUUCUUCCAAUAAAUUUGUCUUUUGAUUGCUAUUGUGUAACAAGACUGCCUUUUUGUAGUGUAUCCUACAGCAAAGUCAACUGUUAUGUUUCUGCAAUGUUUAAAAGUUGUGUGCUGGCUUUAAGAGGCCAUCUGUCCUGGCUGUUUCCCCAGGUGUUUAGAAUAAAUGGAUGGAACGGGUUUCACUUUCAUUUUUGCUUAAAUGAUAAUGUGAUGCACAUACUGUAACUCGAACUUAGUUUCUUAAAUUUUGCUAAAUUAUUUAUUAAUAAUAGUCAUUAAGAGAACGUGGAUUGAUCUCACACUGUACAUGUCACAUAGGUUAGAGUCAUUUAAAUUCUGUUACGUGAAAACUGGUAACGAUUUAAAAAUGUUUUUAAAGGUGAUAAUGUACACAUUAAUAUUUUACCGUAUCUGCAUACGAUUUGGACCUGCUUUUAAAUAAGUAAAAAUCUUCAUAGGUUUGUUCAGAAGUGAGUUUCUAUAAUGUGCUUUGAAGGAGAUCAUCUUCAAAAUGGAAAUUCUGUCAUCAUUUUCUCUCUCUCUUGUCAUUUCAUUUUUCUGCAGAACACAAAAGAAUAUAUUUUGAAAAAUUUUGUUAAGAGUCCCCCAUUGACUCGAUGGUUUUGUGUCCAUACAUUCGAAGUGAAUGGAGGGCUGUGUGGUGUUUACAAAAUAUAUUUUUUAUGUUCUGCAGAAAAAAAAUUAAGUCUGAUCAGUUUUAAAUGACAAGAGGGUAAAUGAUGACAGAAUUUUCAUUUUAAACUACACUGUAAAAAAUGUACCUUAAAUGUACAGUAAAGUACUGGAAGCAGUGGUUAGAGCCAUUUACUGUAAUUUUACAGGUUUGCAGCCGUUUUUCAUUUAACCGUUGUGCUAUAAUUCCACAGUAAAGCAAUGGGAGCGAUGUACCGUUAUUGUAAAGUUUAAGUACAGUUUUCUGUUUUAUUGCUGUUCUGUAAUUUCACAGUAAUGGCUAUGUUAUUUUAUAUUUACUCUACUGCCCAGAUAGCAAAUAACUGGGCCAUAAUGCCCGACAAGUAGCUUAAUUGAUGCUGACAAUAAACUCUAUUCAAAUGCAGCAAAAUAAAUACAAUGUCAAAAGAGGAGCCUAAAACAAUCACACUAACAUUUAGACAACAGAAAAAAGCAACAAAGACAAAGUCACACAAAAAAACAGAAACAUAAAAAUACAAUGAAAACUAUGCAACAAAUAAUGUCAAACAAUAAACUAAAAGCAACAAAUACUGUAAAUCACAAUACAAAAAACACAGCAACAAUAAACUAAGCACUAAAUUCAUAUAUUAAGGAUUAAAUUAAAACAAUGUAAAAGAUUUAGUGCAUAAAACAUAUAAUAACAGAAACCAAUAAACAAACUGAAUGAACAAAAAAGAGAAAUUAAAGACAAAAUG